ACCUACAAAAUGAUACGCAUCACCAAACAAAAGUCAUUCGUCAUUGUGUUAGCAUUUCAAUCCGAUUCGUGUUGAAAUCAGAAAACACUUUAAAUUAAUUAAAAUCGUUUCGAUAGAGACAAAGAAUUAUUUUCUCUUUUUUUGGUGGGUCAUUCAAUCGAAUUUCAUAAAAUAAAAUGGCUGGAACACUGGAAGAUAAAUCGAUUUGGGAAGAGGAGGAAACAUUGGGCGAAGAAGUUUUACGUAUGCCAACUGAUGAGAUUGUCAGCCGUACACGAUUAAUGGACAAUGAAAUUAAAAUCAUGAAAAGUGAAUUGAUGCGAAUCACACACGAAUUGCAAACACAAAACGAAAAAAUCAAGGAUAAUGCGGAAAAAAUAAAAGUGAAUAAGACAUUGCCGUAUUUAGUAUCGAAUGUCAUUGAAUUAUUGGAUGUCGAACAAGAAGAAGAAGACGAUGGUGCUGUUCUUGUGCUGGACAAUCAGCGAAAAGGAAAAUGUGCAGUCAUCAAAACAUCGACAAGACAAACGUAUUUCUUGCCGGUCAUUGGUCUCGUUGACCCUGAAAAAUUGAAACCAGGCGAUUUGGUUGGCGUAAACAAAGAUUCGUAUUUAAUUUUGGAAACAUUGCCAGCUGAAUAUGAUGCUCGCGUUAAAGCAAUGGAAGUCGAUGAACGUCCAACCGAACAAUAUUCGGACAUUGGUGGUUUGGAUAAGCAAAUUCAAGAAUUAAUCGAAGCAGUUGUAUUGCCAAUGACACACAAAGAUCGAUUUAAAAAUCUUGGCAUUCAUCCACCAAAAGGUGUACUAUUGUAUGGUCCACCCGGUACAGGUAAAACAUUGUUGGCCCGUGCAUGUGCUGCACAAACAAAAUCAACAUUUUUAAAAUUGGCUGGACCGCAAUUGGUGCAAAUGUUCAUUGGUGAUGGUGCAAAAUUGGUUCGCGAUGCAUUUGCAUUGGCUAAAGAAAAGGCACCGGCCAUCAUUUUCAUCGAUGAAUUGGAUGCCAUCGGUACGAAACGUUUCGAUUCGGAAAAAGCUGGCGAUCGUGAAGUACAACGUACCAUGUUGGAAUUACUUAAUCAAUUGGAUGGUUUUAGUUCAACUGCUGAUAUUAAAGUUAUUGCAGCCACAAAUCGUGUCGAUAUUUUGGAUCCAGCUUUAUUGCGUAGUGGACGUUUAGAUCGUAAAAUCGAAUUUCCACAUCCAAAUGAAGAGGCACGGGCACGUAUCAUGCAAAUUCAUUCACGUAAAAUGAAUGUCAGUCCCGAAGUUAACUUUGACGAAUUGUCACGGUCAACCGAUGACUUUAAUGGUGCACAAUGUAAAGCCGUUUGCGUUGAAGCUGGUAUGAUUGCAUUACGUCGUUCAGCCACAUGUGUGACACACGAAGACUUUAUGGACGCUAUAAUGGAAGUGCAAGCGAAGAAGAAAGCCAAUCUCAACUAUUAUGCAUAAAUAUUUGAGAAUGAAAUCAUCACGCUUCUUUCUCUUCUUCUAUUUGUUUUCUUUCUUUCUUUUUCUACAAUUACUAGCCGUACCAUACUAUAUAUCAUUUGGUUUACACACAUAUGCAUAGAUAACACGCAUAGAUAACAAAUAAACAAACAUAAUAUUUUUCAAAUAAA